AUGGAAGUCGACGACAUCCUCCAGGAAUGGACCUGGCGCCAUCCCUUCGACCUAAUCCAUAUGCGCCAGCUAAUAGGCGCCUUCACGCCCGUAGAAUGGGACGGUCUAUUCACGCAGUGUUAUAAAAACCUAAGCCCAGGUGGCUGGAUCGAACAAAUAGAAGGCGAUCCACGAAUCCGCUGCUCAGAUUCCAGCAUGUCGACAGACUCCAGUAUGGUCCAGUUUACGGAAGCCGUGUUCCGCGCCGGACAGAACUGGAAUCAUCCCCUCGAUACACUGGACACCAUGCGCACCGCCAUGGAAAAGGCCGGGUUUGUCGAUAUCCAGGAGAAGACGUAUAGAUGGCCUAUUGGGCCGUGGGCGAGAGACCCUACGCUGAAAGAAGCGGGGAGGUUGCAUUAUCAUCAGUGGACGGCGGGGAUGGAGGGUUGGGGCUUGUAUCUUCUUACUAAGUUUGGGCUUCCGCGGCCGUGGACGAAGGAGGAGGUGUUGGUUUUGUUGGCGAGGGUUAGGAAGGAGUUGCAGGAUCCGCAUGUUCAUAUGUGGCAGUAUGCGUGA